GGGCCCCGCACGUGGGCCGAGCGGCGUCCCCGAUCCCAGGCCGCAGGCGAGGGUGCCCGCUUGCGCGUCGGGUCCCCAGGCCGGGCCGCCAUGGCUGGGGUGGAGGUGGGGGGUGGGGGUGGGGGGAGCGCAGCGCGCGUCCCGGGGCCGCCCCGCGCGGGCAAGACGCGCGUGGGGGGCCGAGGCGCGAGUGCAGGCGGCCGCCGCGCGCGCCGCGCCGUGACGAGCGGGCGGAGGGCACACGGUCGGCGCCGAGCCCCGCACGGUCACGGGGGGGCGGGGGGGAAGAGCGCCGAAGGAGUCCGACCUCCCGCCCGGGCCGCUCGAUGAACCUCUAGUCUUGCUUUGAAAAAAGCUAUUUUGUGUAACUCUUGACUGUGAAUACAUUUCUAAUACAGCCUUUGGAAUCGUCACGGGACAAGUGUGCCAUUUGAGCGGCCCUGUGCCUGGUCAGACACUGGGGAUUGAGAAGAGAGGUCUGUUUGGCUUUUUGGUUGUUUUUCCCAGUGACCAUUAUGAGCAUUGGCUUUUCACCCUUGAAGUAAACAUGUUGAAGGCGGAAUCUUCAGGGGAGCGGACCACUCUCAGAAGUGCCUCUCCUCACAGGAAUGCGUACAGAACAGAGUUCCAGGCACUGAAAAGUACUUUUGACAAACCCAAGUCAGAUGGGGAACAGAAAACGAAAGAAGGUGAGGGCUCCCAGCAGAGCAGAGGUAGAAAGUAUGGCUCCAAUGUCAACAGAAUUAAAAAUCUAUUUAUGCAGAUGGGUAUGGAACCCAGCGAGAAUGCUGCUAUCAUUGCCAAAACCAGGGGGAAAGGUAGGCCCUCGUCCCCUCAGAGAAGAAUGAAGCCCAAAGAGUUUGUGGAGAAAACGGAUGGCUCAGUGGUUAAGUUGGAGUCCUCUGUCUCUGAACGAAUCAGUAGAUUUGACACAAUGCAUGAUGGCCCUUCGUAUGCUAAGUUCACGGAGACUCGAAAGAUGUUUGAGAGAAGUGUGCAUGAGUCAGGGCAAAACCAUCGCUAUUCCCCAAAGAAAGAGAAAGGUGGAGGGACUGAACCACAGGAUGAGUGGGGUGGCUCCAAGUCCAACAGAGGCAGCAGUGAUUCCUUGGACAGCCUGAGCCCCCGGACGGAAGCGGUCUCUCCUACUGUGAGUCAGCUGAGUGCUGUGUUUGAGAACAGUGAGCCUCCAGGUGCUCUCACUUCUGGGAAGGCUGAGAGCGCUGACUACUCGGUGACCGGGCACUACCCCCUCAAUUUACCAUCUGUUACCGUCACCAAUCUGGAUACCUUUGGCCGUCUCAAGGAUUCUAAUUCGAAGCCUCCAUCAAACAAACAAGAUACUGAUACAGAGGAUGCUCAGAAGAGCGAUGCUGUGCCAGUACCGGAAGUGGCUCAGAAAGGUACCUCUUUAGCUUCAUUGCCUAGUGAAGAGAGCCAGCUGAGCACGGAAGCCGAGGACGUCACAACAGCUCAACCAGAGGCUCUGGACAGCACUGAUAAAGACAGUCCUGAGGAACCCUCUGCUGAAAACCAGGCAAUGCCAAAGUCUCAUAUCCUUUCCCCACGGAACGAGCCGUUAGAAGAUGCUGAAGCUAAUGUGGUUGGGAGUGAGAGAGCUCAGCAUCAGAAGAAAGACCUGACAGGUGGUGACCUAACCUCCCCUGAUGCUUCUGCAUCCAGCUGUGGAAGAGAAGUACCUGAAGACUCAAACAGUUUUGAGAGUUCCCACGUAUACAUGCAUAGUGACUAUAACGUGUAUAGGGUGAGAUCCAGGUAUAACUCAGACUGGGGAGAGACAGGCACGGAGCAAGAUGAGGAGGAAGACAGUGACGAGAACAAUUAUUACCAGCCUGAUAUGGAAUACUCGGAGAUAGUUGGCUUGCCGGAAGAAGAAGAAAUCCCAGCAAAUAGGAAAAUUAAGUUUAGUUGUGCUCCGAUUAAGGUUUUCAACACAUACUCCAAUGAAGACUAUGACCGGAGAAAUGACGACGUUGACCCUGUAGCCGCAUCUGCUGAGUAUGAGCUUGAAAAGCGAGUAGAAAAACUGGAACUUUUCCCAGUGGAACUGGAGAAAGACGAGGACGGGCUGGGCAUAAGCAUCAUUGGAAUGGGCGUUGGUGCUGAUGCUGGAUUGGAGAAGCUGGGGAUAUUUGUCAAGACAGUGACUGACGGAGGUGCUGCUCAGCGGGAUGGCAGGAUUCAAGUCAAUGACCAGAUUGUGGAAGUUGAUGGAAUCAGCCUGGUGGGGGUCACACAGAAUUUUGCUGCAACCGUUCUGCGGAAUACCAAGGGCAACGUCAGAUUCGUUAUUGGACGAGAAAAACCAGGACAAGUGAGUGAGGUUGCCCAGUUGAUCAGCCAGACCCUGGAACAAGAGCGGCGACAGCGGGAGCUUCUGGAGCGUCACUAUGCCCAGUAUGAUGCUGACGACGAUGAGAACACUGUGGCUGAAUUGCAAGGAGUGUCUGGCAACUGCAAUAACAAUAACAACCGUUUCCUUAAGACUGGAGAGUAUGCCACUGAUGAAGAAGAGGAUGAGGGCGGGCCUAUUCUUCCUAGUGGUGACGUGGCCAUUGAGGUCUUUGAGCUGCCUGAGAACGAGGACAUGUUUUCCCCAUCUGACCUGGACACAAGCAAGCUCAGCCACAAGUUCAAAGAGUUGCAAAUCAAACAUGCAGUUACAGAAGCAGAGAUUCAAAAAUUGAAGACCAAGCUUCAAGCAGCCGAAAAUGAGAAAGUAAGGUGGGAACUAGAAAAGAACCAACUGCAACAGAAUAUAGAAGAGAAUAAAGAACGGAUGCUGAAGUUGGAGAGCUACUGGAUCGAGGCUCAGACAUUAUGUCAUACGGUGAAUGAGCAUCUCAAAGAGACUCAGAGCCAGUACCAAGCCCUGGAAAAGAAAUACAACAAAGCAAAGAAGCUGAUCAAAGACUUCCAGCAAAAAGAGCUCGAUUUCAUCAAGAGACAGGAAGUAGAAAGAAAGAAGCGGGAGGAGGUGGAAAAGGCUCACCUGCUUGAAGUCCAAGGCCUGCAAGUUCGGAUUAGAGAUUUGGAGGCUGAGGUGUUCAGACUACUAAAGCAAAAUGGGACCCAGGUUAACAACAACAACAACAUCUUUGAGAGAAGACCAUCUCCCGGGGAAGUCUCGAAAGGAGACACUAUGGAGAAUGUGGAAGUCAAGCAAACAUCCUGUCAGGACGGCUUGAGCCAAGGAUUGCUGCGUUAAAGAGCAGGUGAUUUGAAAGUAUACAUAUUUCUAAGCAGAAUAAUAAAAAUAAAAACAAAAAACAAAACAAAGCAAAGCAAAGAUUGUGGUAAAGCCUGAUAGCAGCUGAACUGGAGACCAGAAGACAUCCGGACAAUAUCUUCAGAAAUUGAGAGAAAACCAGCUGUCCACCUGUCACCUGUCACCUGUCACCUGUCAGCAGCAGUGUCUUUAGCGUAAGGAGGAAGCUUGGGACCCACAGCCCAGUUCUCAGGAGAUACACGUUGCAGGACCACAUGUUUCAGGCUGGCCUGAGCAAACCGGCAAAAGUUGUCUCAAAAGAAGAAAUGAAUAAAAUACAAAAUAAGGAAAAAAAUGAUUUCAGACAAGCUGAAUCUGAGCAUUUUUUCACCAAUGCGCCCCUUGAAUUUUUUCUAAAAGAUGUACCUCAGAAGGAAAUCAGUUGGCUCAAAAAUUAUCUCAGGACUCAGAUAUUGAAAGCCUAGAUAAUCUAGGAACAGUUAAAUAUUUCACAUUAAAUUUUAGCCUGACAAAUUCAGAAAUAUAACUGAAAAUAUGAUUUACUCCUAUGCAAAGAACACAAAGUUGGCUUAACAUAAAAAUUCAUAUUCCACAUAUUAACUGAAAGAAAAAUGAAUAUAAUUAUUUCAGUAGAUGAAGAUGGGCUGUUAAUAAUAUCUAUCUAUAUUAAGUUUUAUCCAAUUUGAACUAUGAAAAAACUUCCUUAACUUGAUACCAUAAUACUAACAAAUGCUUCUGUCAAACUCCUAUGCAUAACAAAUGCUGAAAUAAGGAAUUCCCUUUAAAAUGAUAAAUGUGUUUAAAGUUGCUCAGUCACGGCCCCCAAUGGAGGAGCUAGAGAAAGUACCCAAGGAGCUAAAGGGAUCUGCAACCCUAUAGGUGGAACAACAAUAUGAACUAACCAGUACCCCGGAGCUCUUGACUCUAGCUGCAUAUGUAUCAAAAGAUGGCCUAGUCGGCCAUCACUGCAAAGAGAGGCCCAUUGGACACGCAAACUUUAUAUGCCCCAGUACAGGGGAAUGCCAGGGCCAAAAAGGGGGAGUGGGUGGGUAGGGGAUUUGGGGGGGUGGGUAUGGGGGACUUUUGGGAUAGCAUUGGAAAUGUAAACGAGGAAAAUACCUAAUUUUAAAAAAAAGACAAAAAAAAAAAAAAAACCAAAAACAAAACCAAACCAACCAACAACAAUAAAAGCAAACAAAAUCUUCCCACAUUUCUAGAACACUAACACACUCGUGAAUCUGCCUAAAAGUGUAAAUCAAAGAAAUUUUUUAAAGAAAAUCUAUAUGCUUUGUGUUAGCAUCAUAAUUUAAACAUACAUGCUUUCAAUAGUCAUCCAAAAUUUUACAUUGUGUACCUAUAAUUACAAAUACUAACGAUGUUAGAAGUGUGUGUGGUGCUAUGUACCGGUACUCCCAGCCUUUAGAGGCCAAGGCAGGAGAAUUUCAAUUUCAGGUCCACCUGACUACUGAAUACACAGGGGGAAUCUGUCUCACAAGCCAAAACACAAACGAUAAGAGCAAAUGUGUUUUAGGUCUUGGUUUACAAAAUAUCUUCAUUUCACCACCAUUUUAAAGCGACCUCUGCAACUGAUCUGGUGCAUGGUUACUUGGUUGUAAGUUAUUUCAAAGAGUACAUUUAUUAGAACAAAUCACAGCUUACACACACCUGACGUCUGCUGCAAGAUUCAGCCUUCGUUUUAAAUUAUAAUUUGGUCUGGAAAUCAUAGGAGGUAGGCCACCCCUUCUGGAUGCAAUGGGCAGCUGCUCUAUGGUUCUAGCUCCCACACUGAAGAUAAAGGGUUAUAAUCUAUUUCAUCAUGUAUUUGCUAUGAAACUCCAGUGAGCUUCAUCUUACAUUGUUAGGAAGAGAAAAUGAAAUAGAAAUUCCAAUUGGUGUUAGGUAGAAAAAAAAAAUAUUGUUAACACCUCUCUCCUGUGGACCUGGCGGCUCUAGCAAGGAGAGACGAAGCAAAUGAAGUAAGCAAAUGAGGGGAAGGGAAGGGAAGGGACCAGGUCAUAGCGCACUGAUAUUUAAGGUCUACUGUUGGUGAGUUUCAUGGAAGAGCCAAUGAGCUUCACUCUUUGUUUUGAUGACUUGAGCCUCACUCCCCUCUCCACACCCUACAAUAUGGUUGUUAUUGCCAUUUUCACUUGUACUCUUUUUGGUUUUAAUUAAAUACAUUAAAACACUCAGAAGUUUAUGAAUUAUAAGAAUUUAACAAGGGAUGUAGUAGAUAUUUUUUUUCUAAAGCAAUUAAUCAUGGGAUGCAUAAGAACCUGUCUAAAAGCAAUAGAUACAAAACAAACAAACAGAUUGAAGAAUACUUUUCAAGCAAAAUAACUGGAAACUAGAAAGGAGAAAAACCACACACACACACACAUUUACACACACAUACCACAAAUUCACACAAACACACAAACACAUUCACACACACAAUCACAAUUCAGGCUUAACGUGAAUCUAAGAUUUAGAAAGAAGACAGUUCUGUGGAUUGUAUCUUGGAUAUUUUGUAAUUUUUGGCUGACAUCCACUUAUUAGUGAGUACAUACCAUGCAUGUCUUUUGGGUCAGAGUUAUCUCACUCAGGAUGAUAUUUUCUAGUUCCAUCCAUUUGCCUGCAAUAUUCAGGAUGUCUUUGUUCUUAAUAGCUGAGUAGUAUUCAAUCAUAUAAAUGAAACACAUUUUCUAUAUCCAUUCUUCAUUGUGGGAUAUCUGGGUUGUUUCCUAAUUCUGGCUAUCACCGAUUAGGCCACUAUGAACAUAGUGAAACACGUGCCACUGUGUCAUGGUGGAGCAUCCUUUGGUUAUAGGCCCAAGAGUGGUAUAACUGGGUCUUCUGGAAGACCUAUUUCCAAUUUUCUGAGGAACCGCCAGACUGAUUUCCAGAGUAGUUAUACCAGUUUGCACUCCCACCAGCAAUGGAGGAGUGUUCCUCUCCACAUCCUCACCAACAUGUGCUGUCACCUGAUUUUUUUGAUCUUAGUUAUUCUGAUUGAUGUGAGAUGGGUUGUUUUGAUUUGCAUUUCCCUGAUGACUAAGGACUUUGAUCAUUUCUUUAAGUGCUUCUCAGCUAUUCAAGAUUUCUCUGUUGUGAUUUCUGUUUAGUUCUAUACCCUAUUUUUUGAUUGGGUCGUUUGGUUGUUUGGAGGUUAGCUUCUUGAGUUCUUUAUAUAUUUUGGAUAUUUGUCCUCUAUCAGAUGUGGAGUUAGUGAAGUUUUUUUCCCAAUCUGUACCUUGCUGAUUUGUCUUAUUGACUGUGUCCUUUGCUUACAGAAACUUUUCAGUUUCAUGAGGUCCCGUUUAUCAAUUCUUUAUCUUAGCACCCGAUCCAUUGGAGUUCUGUUUAGGAAAUCCACCCCCACGCCCCAUACACCAAUGAGUUUGAGGCUCUGUCCCACUUCUCUUCAAUUAGAUUUAAUGUAUCUGGUUUUAUGUUGAGGUCCUUGAUCCAUUUGGACUUGAGUGUUGUGCAAGAUGACAAAUGAGAUCUCUCAGACACUGAGCCACCAACCAAGCAGCAUAUGUGAGCUGGUCUGAGGCCGCUGACAAAUAUACAGCAGAGGACUGCCUGGCCUGGCCUCAGUGAGUGAAAAUACACUUAACCCUCGAGACUUGAGGCCCCAGGGACUGGGGAAGUUUGUGUGGUGGGGGUGGAGACAUCCUCUUGGAAAUGGGGGUGAGGGGAGAGGAAUGGGAUGAGGAACUGUUAGAGGGCAGACUGGGAGUGGGGGAUAACAACUGGAUUGCAAAAAAAGGACUAAAGAAUAAAAACAACAACAAUAACAACAAAACACUAGAAGCUAAAUAAAAAAAAAAAGAAAGAAAGAAAGAAAGAAAGAAAGAAAGAAAGAAAGAAAGAAAGAAAGAAAUGCCAACAGUCCCUUACUGACAGGAGCCUAAUGUAGCUGUCUCCUGAGAGGCUUUGCCAGUGCCUGACAAAUACAGAUGUAGAUGCUCUCAGCCAACCAUUGAACUGAGCACAGGGUCCCCCAAUGGAGGAGAUAUAGAAAGGACACAAGGAGCUGAAGGGAUUUGCAACCCCAUAAAAGGAACAACAAUAUGAACCAACCAGACCCCCCAGGGCUCUCAGGGACUAAACCACCAAUCAAAGAGCACACAUGGAAGAACCCAUGGCGCCAGCCGCAUAUGUAGCAGAGGAUGGCCUUGUGGGACAUCUAUGAGAGGAGAGUCCCUUGGUCUUGUGAAGGCCUGAUGCUGCAGUGUAGGGGAAUGCCAUGACAGGGAAGCAGGAGUGAGUGGGUUAGUGAGCAGGGGGAGGGAGUAUGGGGGGGGGUUGAAGGGAAAUGAGGAAAGGGGAUAAAAUUUGCAAUGUAAAUGAAGAAAACAUCUAGAGAGAGAGAGAGAGAGAGAGAGAGAGAGGGAGAGAGAGAGAGAGAGAAGGAGAGAGAGAGAGAGAGCUAGCUUCUUAUCAGACAUUUCAGUCAAUAAGGAGGUUCCCAAGGUUGCUGGACUCCGAUGGGAAGUGUUUCUUCCCUUCUUUACCCCCUUUCUCUUGAGCUUCAAUUCCAUGAUUCUUCAGACACCUCUGUGUUUGAAACCAGGUCAGACCUUUACUGUACCUUCUAUUUUAUUUUCUGUAGAGUUUGAGACUUUCUUAAGCAUUCACUUUCAGCAUUGGAGGCCAGAAUUUUAAACUAGAUUAAAGACACAAUUAAAGAUGGGAUUCAUUAAAUGGGGAGUUGUACUGGCUAGUUUUGUGUCAACUUGACACAGCUGGGGUUAUCACAGAGAAAGGAGCUUCAGUUGAGGAAAUGCCUCCAUGAGAUCCAACUCUAAGGCAUUUUCUCAAUUAGUGAUCAAGGGGGAAAGGCCCCUUGUGGGUGGGACCAUCUCUGGGCUGGUAGUCUUGGUUCUAUAAGAGAGCAGGCUGAGCAAGCCAGGGGAGGCAAGCCAGUAAAGAACAUCCCUCCAUGGCCUCUGCAUCAGCUCCUGCUCCCUGACCUGUUUGAGUUCCAGUCCUGACUUCCUUUGGUGAUGAACAGCAGCAUGGAAGUGUAAGCCGAAUAAACCCUUUCCUCCCCAACUUGUUUCUUGGUCAUGAUGUUUGUGCGGGAAUAGAAACCCUGACUAAGACAGGAGUCUUUAAAAUUAAAGGGAACACUUACACUUCUUUAUUAGUAUGUCUCGCGUAACAUCCAUCAUGAUGGCUAGCCUAGUCAAGGUAGAUCCUGACAAGAUGACUUUGGUUUCUGGGACACACAUGGUGGAAAGAGGGAACCAGCUGCCACAGUUGUCCUGUAAUUUCCACACACACUCUCACACACUGGCACACACUGUGCCCCCUCCCACACAAAUAAAUAAGUAAAUAGAUCAAAUAAAAAUGUAAAAGAAUGUUUCCUAUAAGAACAUUAGAUGCAAGGCAAGACAUAGUUGUUCAUUGCUGUCUCAUUGCUUCUCAAAAGUGGGGCAGAACAAAUUCUGGAGUAGAAUCAAGCUUUCUUUAGUCAUGCAUAAGGACAUACAAUAAUCUGAUAAACGUUCAUAGUUAUCAUUUGCUGAAUAAAUUGUUUUUAAUCUCUUUACUCCUCAACAAAUGUUUUGCCUGAAAUGCUACCGAAUCUCACCGAUGAAAGAGGAGACAUCCCUGGUGAAUCACUAUGGGAAUUCUUAAUGAACCAAGCAAAUGAAUUAGGAAUCCAUUUCUAUUGACUGUGGCAAAUAAUUUAAGUAAAAGUCCUUUUCCUCAAAAUGACAAAGCACCUAAAAUGUUGAGCUAGGUUGCUGUGAGGCUUGAAUUAGUUUGCAGGGGAGCAGUCACUGAGGAAAGGGGCCUUCGAAGGGAGAUGUAGACGUCUGAAUGGUGGCUUUCCUUCAUUCUCGUUUCUUAUUCCGUUUCAUAAAUUCCCGGAAGUCCCCAGAUCCCUCAGCUCUGCUAAGACAGACAUUGGUAUCAGGGCUUACCAAAAGCUGGCUUAGCAGAAAGACUUAAAAUGGACUUUUGGUCAUUUUCUCUCCAUUUUAGAAAAAAAGUGUUACGUGUAAUAUUUCACUUUGAAUUUUCAAUUUUUCUUUGACUUUGAUAGAACUACAGGGUUGCCUAUGAUCUUCUGAAAAUAAGGAUCAUUUUAACCCAACUAUGGUUAAUUUCCUUUCUAAGAGAAUUUUACAGGGAAGAUAUGUUCUAAAUAUUUCUUUUGUUUAGACAUAUAGUCUGAUUACCCAUAAAAGCCAUUUGAUUCCUAUGGGAGAGUUGGUCAUUAGGAGACUUCCUGGUAGGCUAAGGUUAAGAUGGACUGCAAGACCAGGAUGGAGAUUGUGGUGGGAAUAUUAGAAUAGGAGGAUGAUGAUGUGGGGGGGGGGCGGGGGUGCAGACAAGUGUUGGUUGUUCUUGGUUCUGCCUUGCUUCUCAAGGUUGGAGCAGGGCAUCCUAAAAAGCCCAUGUACGAAAUCUAAAUGCUGUAUACUCUACUCACAGACAUAAAAAUAAGCCAUUUAAAGUUAAGAUCAGAAAACUCACCUCUAUGUAUAGUUCUGAAACCUACCAACUGUAUUGGUUCAAUAUAUACAAUAUUAAGGGUUUAUUACAGUAUUAUACUAACCACAAGUUAUGGCUAAGUUCUUUAAGUCAGAUAUAAAAUAUUUUGCAUAAUUUGAAUUAUUCCAAUAUCUAUGGAAAAUAAGUUCUUCUAUGGGAACAGAAGCAGCAUUAGAAUGUUGACUGUUAGAUUGUGAGGUAUUUGGUUGGUUGGUUGGUUGUUUUCUUUUGUAAUGAUUCUAAGUAGCUCUAAACACCCAAACCAAAAAAAAAAAAAAAAAAAAAAGCCACAUAUUUUUAAAAGUUUGCUUGCGAGUCACUACAAAUGAAUGUUUUAAUCGUGUUUCCUAUGGAUAAACUUGGCUAGUUAAAUAACUACUAGCACUUAAGAUCGCAUCUGUGUUUGGGUCUCUGUUAAAGACUAUUAUUAGGAGUCUGACAGUCCUCUAAGAACUUAGGAAAAUCUUUAACAGCUCUUGCAGGUAGUAUAAGCACCCUAACUUCUGGUUAGCUGUUUUUUCUUUUUCUAAAGCUGGUCUGGACAUCACAAGGAUUUGCCUGCCUCUUUAAAAUGCCUGGGAUUUUAAAGGCAUUUUAAAGGCCACCAAGGUAUUACUCCAGGUUUUCUAACAUUGCCUGUAGCCAGUUCUUCCCAAAAUUGAACUGUACCUCCCCUUUAGGUAAACAAUGCCCAUUUAAGGGACCAGGCUUUCUGUCUACGAAGAAGCCUUAAGAUCUGAAUUCCACCUGAAGCUACUAAUCUCACCCUUCUCUCAAAACCUGGCUCAUGUGCAGCGGCAGGUACAGCCUCAGAGUUCUACCCACAGAACUGAGUUUCUGGACAAGUUGUCAUUUGGUUGCAUUUGCAUGUCCUGAGAUUUUAGGCUUUGCAGAAUCUCUUUUUAUCAGAAUUGGUAAGUCGAUCAUCAUAAAAGGAUCAUGAGGUAUGUAAAUGAGUUUCCCUAAAAUCUAAAGCUAAAGUCUUUAUCUUUCUUAUUCUCAGAAUUUCUGUCAGCCCAUCCUGUGUACAGAGCCUCAUCUUAACUCAGCUUUGAACUGCCCACAGAAAGCACUUCAUUCCCACAGACAACUAAAUUGCAUUCCCAAGUCCAUUUGGGUUUAAAAUUGUAUUUGUUGAGUAUAGACAUGAGAAGAAAUUCCUAAUAUUCUUUCAGCAAUUGGCAAACAAACAAACAAACAAACAAACAAAAAGCCUUCCUAGGAAAUUUCGUAAGUAUGACUUGGGAUAUGUUACUUGGCUUUAUAUUUAAAUAAUUGCAAAAGAAACUACCACCUGUCUGCAUCAUCCCAUUGGAAGUUGCCUGUGAGUAGGUUCCUAACUGAAUGCUAUCAUAAGAACAAUAGCAUCUGUAUCUCUAGGUAUAAUAGUUGAUGCAAUGCAUCUCACACAGUACUGAGUCGGUAAACGUGGUAGGUGGUAUCACCGUGUGAAGAGCCAGGAGCUCCUCAAUGGGAGAGGCAGAAGUCAAAGGAACAUUCCUAUAUCAUCCUCCUGAAACAACAGAGCUGACCAAACUAGAUUGAGAAUUAAGAUGCUCCAAGUGAAAAAAAAAAACAAAUGUGUACUUUUUACUCUUUAAUUUUAACUACACAAAAAUGUAAGUACGAAAAGCUACACAAAACAAAUGCCUAAUAUAAAAUCUUUAGCAUUUGUAUUAAAGUCCUAUUUGACUCACAUCUCCUGAUCUCAGAAUCUAGUAAGAAGUAUGUCUCUUCAAUUUUCUUAUGUAAUGUACAUAUUUCACUAUUAGGAAAUAUGAAUGAUACUAGUUUCUAAAUAUUUUAAGUAAAUGUACAUGUUAUUCUAUAGCUUGCUUUAUUCUUACUAAUCUAUUCAGUGGCAGUAAAUAAAGACAGUUGGGGGGUGAUUAUGUGUCAGUCACUCUUCUAAGCACUCAGGUCUGCUAAUGCAUUCAGUCUUCAUAACAAUGCGGUGAUUAUUUUAUGUCAUUACUGUUCCCACUUUGCUGUGGAAGAUCCUUAGGGACCUCUGAGAGGUUAGGUAAAUUGCACAAUUUUAUGUCAUGGCAGCUCAUUCUGGAUUCGAGCUGUGGGUCUGCUCACACAGUGCCUCUCUGAGAUGCUUAAACCGACCGACCACCUGAAUGCAAUAUGCAUCAGCCCCCAAAUCUCAAGGGUCCAUCUUUUAUGAACUUGCAGUGACUGUGUAUAAUAUGCAGAUACCAUUUAAGUUUCUUGUUAUGCCCAGCAUUUCAGUUGACAACGGCAGAAGCCAGGUAGGACUGUGUUCUGAGGGGUUCAGUGCACAGGAGAGUAUGCGGUGGACCCCAUUGUUAUUCCUCUCCACUCCCUCCCACUCUCCCUGCUGCCUGGGUCUGCUCCCCCUGUAGCAUUCCAUUUACGUCAAAAACAACGUCAGUGCAGUGGAAAACACCGAAUGAUUCACAGCCGUGCUAUGCAGAACUGGUCUCUACGCUGUACGACAUAUAACACCCUCAUUUCAUAGAGCGUUUUCAUAGCAGCUACUAAAAUCAUAACCGAAUCCAUUAAGUUCUUUUAAAGGAUCCAAUUUAAAGCAAUAUUGAAAGUAGUCUCGAGAUGCGGGUACGGCCGUGUUCCACCCACUCAGAGUUCCACCCUAAGCUCCAGCCUGGAGAGUCUCUGAAUGCAUCCCUCCAUAUUUACUGAUUCAUUCAAGGCUGCUCCACCUUCCGUCUUCCACCUGCAUUUGUGUGUGUGUGGCAUCUAUUAGGAAGCAGUGAUGACCAUGGCCACCUAAGCCUUCCCAUCUCACUGCAGAGAACUCAAGAACUGAGCCAGGUGGCUUUCCCCUGCCACACCCAAGUGACACCCAAAAUGACAGCACCCAAAAUGACAGCUAAGGUUUUAGAGUAUGAAUUUUACUCUUGGGAUAAUUACAAAGCCAAAUAAAAUCCCAUCAAGUUUUCUUUUCCCUGAUGGGCCAUGCUCCUGUGAGUUUGCAGCGUUGCACACUCUUGGGUAUAUGUUUCUACACAGAGCAUAAAGUAAAAUAGAAAAGGUGCUUGUGCCAGGCCCAAGAUUGCUCAUCAAGUUCACUUCCAGACAGAAGGGUGACCCUGUGGAAGGAGCAUAGGCUUCUACACCUGAGUUCUCUCUAGGCUGUUUCACAGAGGAACUAUGUAGUGCAAGUUAGUGAUGAACUGAGAGGCCACGUUUGACCCUUAGUCUUCGUUUAUGAGAAAUAAAGUUGACCAGAGUCCUAAGAUUCUUUUGAGUUAUGAUACUGUGAUUCUUAAGUUGCAUAGUGGAAGAAGAUAGCAUAUAAUGGAUGAACAAUGCAGAUAUUGCUACCAGGGGCUACCCAGCAGCCCCUGUCUCAUGUAUCCACACACUGAUUCUUCUUGCCUGUCAUUACUGAACAUCUUCUUAUAGACAGUGUUCCUUCUAGCAUCCCCCUUGUGUAAGUGCUAUCAGGGUGACAGUUCUCAGCACCACUCCACUCUUCUGGUUCUUAAAGAAAAUUUUUCACUUCUCAGGAUGGAAAAUAAAUUACUGGUUUGUAAUCCAUAGUCUCUGCAAUAAAGUCUGAUACUUGAUUCAGACUCCCAGAAGUUGUUCACUGUGGGCAAUGUGCUGUGGGCCACGCAGGUAACAGACUAAAAGCACUGCCUCUCAGACUUGAGCUAAGUGCAUCUUUCCUAGGCACAGUUUAUGAUGAGGGAUGCUGAAGCAGACGGUCCACAUGGCCAUUCAGGGUUGUCUAACAGCGGCACUAGGCAGGCUACUCCCUAAUAACAGGACUGGUUAGUCUCUACUUGUCUCCAUGCCUUCCACUACGUCCUCCAGUCUCCUCAUUUCAUUUCAUUUGCUCACUACAAGCAAUGGAGUGACUUCUGUAGUCCUGUGGGUGGGAUGCUACCCUGUGUUUAAGUGAGGAUUCUAUUGCCAAAGAAACCAUAUUUACACAAGUGGGAUAUGCACCUCUUCUGGGGGUAUCUUUUGUCAUCUACUACCCAAAAUUGUUGUCAAACCAUAAAACCAUCUGUGAGGGAGUCUGUCGCUAGCUUUCAACAAGCCUUCCCUUUUCCACACUAUUUAUAGUAUACAUAUGGAGUAGAUGCUGACGAGUUGAAUUUUCUAGACUAGUCCGAGCACCUAUGAUUUUGGAACUUUUAAAACACAUAUCUAUGGUAUUAAAACCUUGCAGUAUUGACUUUUCAACACCAGCUAAAUUGGGGUGGAUAGCUAGUAGCCUGAGAGACAGAGCAUAGAAUCAAAGCAGCUCAUCAGCUAGCUGUGUAGAGGAGGGCAAGCUACUCCAGUGUUCGAGCUUCAGGAGAGGACACAAGCUGCUUGCUUGUUGUCUCAUGGGUCUGUAAUGAGGGACAAAUGAGGUGGCCUGUGUGACAGCACUGUGCAUUACUGAGCAUGCAAUCCCACUUUGAGACAGAAAAGAUGGAAGCUGUGCGUGAACUGUGCUAUUUGUAAUUAUAUUAUUGCUUUCAUCUGCGUGCUGUUCAGCAUUUUUAUGUGUAAAUAGAGAGUGGAUGUCUGACUUUCUCCCAAUUAUCACAACUAAUGAACUCUUAAUGGGCAGCCGCAAAUAUAGAUUUUAUUGGAGGAAGGAAAUGAAAGUGACGAAGGUGACUUUUUUUCUCCAUUGGCAUGUAAAAGUAGAGACUCCUAAUUAGAAAACAUCUAGUUAUUCUUUAUAUUCGCUUGAGCCGUCUGACUUCUCUGAGAGUUCACUCUUCACUUGAGUAUAGGAAAUGAAAAGCCCAACCUUCUGUAAAUAUUGUCAUUCAGCGACAUGUCUCCUGAGACUAAAGUACACUGAAUUUUAUUUGUUAGAACUAUAUGCCAAGUGCCCAGUGUUAUAAAUAAGAGAAACCAUAUGAAGUCCUUCUAUGCUUGUGUUUUAUAAUAUGUUUAGAGCACGUCUUUAAAAUAAUUCUAUAUCUAGAAAUGCCCUGUACUAAUUAAUGAUGGUUGCCGGACAUUCUUUUCUAUUAGUCCAAGUGUUUAGUUUUCUAUAACUGAGUUAUUGACUUAUUUUUAGUAAUAUAAAUCCAGGGUCACUUAAUUUCUCGAAAGUGACUUUGUUUAAUGACUGCCAUCCUGAAAAGAAGAGAUGUGAUUAAUCAUCAAACGAUUUUAUUUACAGCAAGUGAUCAAGUAUAUCUAUGUAAAGAGUAGUUCCACUCCAAAUAAACUUUAUUCCAAUCAAUACUCAUAUACUGCUACCUUAGUCUUUAUAUUCGUAGCUAAACUUCUUCUUCCCCCAUUACACCUAACAAUAUUACAAAUGCUAAGAACCUGUUAAAGAGGACUACAGAAAGGCUCUUGGUAGCAUUUUUUAUUCCACCUCUUUUUCAUCCUUUGUUGGGUUUGAGUUUUCUUAUGGAUUCUCACACAUGAUAGCUUUGAAUUCAGAGAGGUGUUCAUACCUUAGCCUCCGGAGUGCUGGCAUAACAACCAGGUUCUGCCAUGCCCAACUGCUGUUACUGUGGUUUUUAUCUGUUUCUGUGGUUGUUUUACUUUGUGUCUUCCCUCCUUCCUUCUCUCUUUGUCUUUUCUAUUUAAUUUUUGGAUUUUUUUAAUAAAAAUUAUGUGUAUGUUUUGCCUGCGUAUAUUAUGUGCAACACAUCUAUGUCUGAUGUCUUGAGGUAAAAGGAUCAGGCCCCGGGGCCUGGAGUCGCAGAUGACUGAGAGCUGCCAUGUCUGUGGUAGAAACUGAACCGGGGCCCCAGAAGGUCAAAAAUUGCUUCUAAGCAUUGAGGCCCCUCACCCUCUCCUUCUCUUGAAGUCCUUUUAUUUAAAGAUGAAAACAUUUUUCUUUGGAAAGCUAAUGUAGUUUUCAAUGAGAAGAGAAAGCAUUCAGAGGAAGAAAUGGAAGAGAGGCAUCAACACAUAGCUUGCACUAUAGCCUGAAA